CGUUCAGCGCUCAGCGCUCGAUUCUAUCCCUGGCUUCUCAUUGGCUGGUCCACUGGUUCGCAAUCAACUCCCGAUUUCGAACGACGCUUCUUGCAAUUUGUUGCUGCCUCCAAGUGUCGAAUUCGAAUCAAUUAAAUAUAUAUUCCCAGACUGAAAUUGUCCAUCACACUGAUACCUCACUAAUGUCUUUAGACCUUCCAUCGCAACAGCAUCUUGAUGUCGGGUCCAUUCUCGCUCGUCAUCAAACAACAGACGACGCAAACACUCUCGCUAGCAUCGAUCGCCCUCCAUCAGAAGUCGAAGAACUUCCACCUGCAAAGAUAUAUCACCCCCUGUCAAUCCAUGUGCUAGCCCUCCUCAUGCCCGCGUCAAUGUUCGGCGUCCUCGCACGGCUCGGCUUACAAGCGCUUACAACCUACGACGGCCAAAGUAUUUUCCCAUUGGCUUACGUCCAAGCCACAGGGUGCUUUAUCAUGGGUGUUGGCUUAAGAAUGAAAGUACCAUUUGGUAAUUUCUAUGGUCCGUUAUACACGGCCUUGACCACUGGGUUCUGUGGAUCAUUAACAACAUUCUCUGGGUGGCAGGUGAACAUCUUUGAUUCCUGGGUGAAUAGUGGUCAGUUCUUCAGAGGCGGUCUUCGAGAUUUCAUGGAUGGUUUUACCCAGACUUGGGUCACCCUCGUGUUGUCGUUAGCGUCAUUAAAAUUUGGAGUAUACGUCUGUGGAGCAGUUCAGCCGUAUUUCUCGGCACCUCCACCGCCAAGCAAGAACCUCCGAUACACGCUCACCUUCCUUGCGAUCCUCACAUACGCAGCGACCCUUCCUGUGUACUUCUUCCUGCCAGGCAAUUUCCGCCAUCAAGCGACAGCUGCUCUCCUAUUUUCGUUCCCUGGCACAUUAACUCGGUACCUUCUGUCGAUAAAUUUGAAUCCCCGCUUGAAGACUAUACCUCUUGGAACUUUCAUGGCAAACUCACUUGGGACCGCUCUCCUUGGUUUUUUCCAUGUAGUUCAAGGCUUCCCAUCUCCAGUUUCCCAAAAUGCUUGCUCGUUGCUUCAGGGUUUAGGAGACGGGUAUUGUGGUUGUCUAACGACAAUCAGCACCUUUGCUGCGGAGAUUGGCGCAUUGAAAGGAUGGAAGGCUGUUUCAUAUACCAUCAUCAGUUGGACUGCUGGGCAAUUAUUGCUGCUGCUUAUCAUGGGAUCUUCAUUUUGGGGUGGACAUGUAAAAGAACAGAUGACAUGCAGUUUCCAGACGUCGUGAGUUGCAAAUAGACCCAAGUAUUACAUACAAAUGUGCUAGGAAAAGGGUUCAUGUGUUCGAUAUGCUCCGAGCGUUGCAGCUGUGAACACGA